AUUUUAUUCUGAAGGUUUUAAAGCGGAAGUGUAGUAUUUUCCGAGUGAAUAGUAAUUUUGCUCUGUGUGAGAAAAGGAAAAUUAGAGGGCAGCUUUGGUUAAGAACACAGAGGUUUGGAAAGGGGGGCCGGGCCUUUUUUUAAUAUUAUAUAAAUAUACUUUUUAUUUUUUUCGUUAUUACAUUCUGUCCGUUUUCAUCUCCUUAUCCUGGCGAGAGGUUGAACGUUUAAAAUGGAGGCGGACAGAUCCGGUGGAGGACCAAACCCGAACUCCGGAGGCGGCAGCAGCUGCGGCGGUAGCGGAGCGGGGCGCAACCCAAACGGGCCGAAAGCAGCACCGGGCCAGACGACCACAGCCCCCGCGACCGGUCCGAUGGCAGCAGCAGCCGCAGCAGCCGCAGCAGCGGCGGCGGCAGCGGCAGCAGCAGCAGUCGGGGCCGCCCCCGGUGGUGGGUCGCUGCAGCCUCGAGACGCACAGGACGGGGACUCCUCGGGCAUGACGCUUCCAGGGAUCCUGCACUUCAUCCAGUUCGAAUGGGGACGUUUCCAGGCCGAGAAAUACCGCUGGGAAGCUGAGAGGGACGAACUCAGGGCUCAGGUUGCAUUCCUUCAGAGUGAAAGGAAAGGACAGGAGAACAUGAAACAGGACCUGGUGAGACGGAUCAAAAUGCUGGAGUAUGCCCUCAAACAGGAAAGGGCAAAGCAUCAGAAGCUGAAGACAGGAAAUGACCAGAGUCCUGGAGACAAGAAGCCAGAGAUGGAGGCAGAACAACUUCCCAAUGGACCAGCCGAGGCAGACGUUGAGCCAGCCAAUCAGAUGUCCUGGAAGGAGGGACGUCAACUACUACGCAAAUAUCUCGAGGAGGUCGGUUACUCAGACACCAUCCUGGACAUGCGCUCUAAACGUGUGCGCUCCUUGCUGGGCCGGAGCAGCCCAGAGGCCAACGGGCCCCCGCCCAGUGAAAGCUGUCAGGAGCCUGAGCCGCGAGCAGGCGGAGAGUCCCUGUUAGUCCGACAGAUAGAGGAACAAAUUAAAAGGAACGCGGGCAAAGAGAGCUCCAAGGACCGUGUCGGCAGCUCCGUGCUCGAUAAGAUCCCCUUUCUUCACGGCUGCGAGGAUGACGAUGAAGACGACAGCGACGAGGAAGACGACUUCCAAGGCAUAGCCACCGACUGUAUCGACGGUCCGCGUAAAAGCAAAAAGUCCCGCGUAAAGAUGAGCUCGGAGCCCAUGACCACAGACCUGGACCCUGAGGACGAGGAGGACGAAGACGACUCGGAGGAUGCCCUCAAUGAGUUUGACUUUCUUGGCUCGGGGGAGGAUGGGGAGGGGGCGGGAGAGGCCCGGAUCUCAGGGGACGGACGGGAGUUAGAGAAUCGCAGGAACAAGUUACAAGGCAUAAUGUCGGACUUCCCUUCUAAACCUUCUCCUCCCCCGUCUAUAUCAGGACAGGCUCGCUCCGGGGAAGGUGGAGCUCUUGGGUUUUCCUCUGAUGUCUUCAUAAUGGACGCUGURGGCGGAGGGGACAUGAACCUCGGGGAGCUGGCUGAUCUCACCGUGGCCAACGACAACGAUCUCUCCAUCGAUAUGCAGGACAACAGAGAGGAUUUCAAGAAGACGUGGAACCCUCGUUUCACACUGCGCAGCCACUUCGACGCCAUCCGCGCUCUGACCUUUCACCCCAGCCAGGCCGUGCUGCUCACGGCGUCCGAGGAUGGUACGCUAAAACUGUGGAACCUCAACAAGGCCAUGCACUCAAAAAAGAACGCAGCUUUGGARGUCGAGCCCAUCUACACAUUUAGGGCUCACAGCGGAGCUGUUCUUUCAUUGACCACGAGUGAGGACGGAGAAUCCUGCUACAGCGGAGGCUUGGACGGAACUGUUAGAUGUUGGAAGAUGCCCGACCUUAAUGUGGAUCCCUACGAUAACUACGAUCCUGGUGUUCAGAGCAGCGUGUUAGAAGGACAUGAGGACAGCGUUUGGGGUCUGACUUACUCAGCGGUUCACCAUCGUCUCGCCUCGUGCUCAGCCGACGGCACCAUCCGCAUCUGGGACCCUCAGAACUCGUCUCCCUGCGUGUCCGUCUUCAACAAGGAGAGAGAACACGGGACGCCCACCUCAGUGGCCUUCGUGACCACGGACCCAAACCAGGUGGUGGUGUCCUUCGACGGCGGUGAGACGCUGCUGUACGACCUCAACACGGAGCAGAYCGUCAUCACGCUGGAGACGCAGACAAAAGACGGCAGCGAGCUGAUCAACCGUGUCGUCAGCCACCCGACUGAGCCGGUCUCCAUCACGGCACACGAGAACCGCACCAUCCGCUUCCUCGACAACAAGACGGGUAAAGUCGUCCACUCGAUGGUGGCUCACUUAGAUGCUGUCACCUGUCUUACUACAGACCCAAAAGGCACUUACCUCAUCUCUGGCAGCCACGACUGCUCCGUGCGCCUGUGGAUGCUGGACAACAGGACGUGCGUGCAGGAAAUCACCGCCCACAGGAAGAAGCACGACGAGGCCAUUCACGACGUGGCCUUCCACUCCUCCCAACCCUUCAUCGCCAGCGCCGGCGCAGACGCACUUGCCAAGAUUUUUGUGUGARGGCACUGUUGUCACCUCGUGUCCUGCAUCCUCAACUGGGCCAAAAGAGACUGAAGACUACAGUGGAAACAUUUCGUCCGUUCUCCCUCACCCACAAACACACACCGACACACACACUCGUCCUGCACCCCACUGGAUGGGUCAUCAC